GCCGUCAUCCUCUUCGUCUCACUACCGGUCUGAACUCUGAAGGAACCAACUCAACCAAGGAAGUAGGAACAGGACAGAGACAGACCCGCGGCUGUUAAUCAUCGCCGUCGCCGUUGCCGCGCCGUCGCCCUCGCCCUUGCUGCGCCGUCGAACUCGCCCUUGCUUCGCCGUCGAACUCGCCCUUGCUGCGCCGUCAAACUCGCCGUUGUCGCGCCGUCGCCCUCGCUCUUGCUGCGCCGUCGAUCUCGCCCUUGCUGCGCCGUCGAACUCGCCGUUGCCUCGCCCUUCUGCUCUCUGACUCUGUCAAACAGAUCCCCAACAACCGCCGCAAAAUGACUCGCCAAGGAGCUUAUAAAGAAAGCGAUGACAUGCUCAUUGAUGAACCAAAACUGCCUCAGCAAGGCCAAAUCGCGGCCCUUCCUAAUGAGUUCAACCCCAGUUAUCUGAAAAUAUAUUACAGUAAGCUGUUUCCUCAUGCUGAUUUAUAUAGAUGGAUGUCAUACGGCAACGAUGGGAAGCAUCCUGCUUGUGAUUCAUCUUACUUGGGACGAAGGGAAUUCUCGUACACCCUAGAUAACGAUAUAUUUGUGCGCUACAAUACCUUCAAUAGUGCCACCGAACUUGAAAACUCCAUCAAAGACAAGUGCCCGUUAAAGAUAGAUAUUGGACCCAUCUACAACCUCAACCCUGCACAUAGGAAUGCUUAUGCUGGAGAUAAUGUUCUCACUCCGGUUGAGAGGGAGCUGAUUUUUGAUAUAGAUAUGUCAGAUUAUGAUGAUGUUAGAUACUGCUGCUCAGGUGCUGAUGUUUGUCUCAAUUGCUGGCCAUUAAUGAUUGUAGCUGUCAAAGUAAUAGAUACUUCCUUAAGAGAUGACUUUGGGUUUAGACAUAUUCUCUGGGUAUAUAGUGGUCGGCGUGGUGUACAUUGUUGGGUCUGUGAUAGAAAGGCAAGACGGUUGACUAAUGAGCAGAGAGCAGCAGUUGCGGACUAUUUUCGUGUCUACAAGGGAAAUGAAAAUAACUAUAAGAAGGUUUCCUUGAUGGGUCAAGUUCUGCAUCCCUUUCUGGCGAGAUCAUAUACUGAAGUUCUCAAGGAAUAUUUUGAGACAAAACUGCUUACAAGUCAAAAUUUACUUUCUAGCGAGGAGAGAUAUGAAAAGAUCCUAGAGAUGAUUCCUGAUCAAUCUAUUGCUUCUGAACUUCGAGGAAAGUGGCAAGAAAGUAGGCGGUCUUCUAGUGCAAAAGAAGACAUUAAUAUUAUUCGAUGGGAGCAACUUAAACAGUUACUGCAAAAACAUAAGGCACAAGGGGUGCGUAGGUGUGUUGAAGAGAUUGUGUUCACCUAUACAUAUCCUAGGCUUGAUAUGGAGGUUUCUAAACAUAUGAACCAUUUGCUCAAAGCACCCUUCUGUGUGCACCCAAAAACAGGCCGUGUUUGUGUCCCCAUCAACCCAAAUAAUUGUGAAGAAUUUGAUCCCACAACGGUGCCAACCCUUAUCCAGCUUUUGGAAGAGCUGAAUAGGGAGGGCUUGAGGUCUGAUGUUGAAGGAGAAUGGAAUAAAACUUCACUUGCAAAUGCCAUCAAGCUCUUUAGGUCAUCCUUCCUUCAGCCAUUACUGAAAAUUUGCAAGGAGGAAAUGGAAAGCUCCUAUAAUGCGAAACUACAGCAGUCGAAGGAUCUCCUUAGUUGGUAGUCCUUUUGGAAGCCCAUUUGAAUUUAAAUGGGGGUCAAGUCAUUCUUGAGAACAUGUAAGCUAUAACACAAGCAUUGAUAAAUUAUGUAUAGUCGUUGAAUUUCGAUAUUAUUAUUUUAGGCUUCAUCGGAUAGGAGUUAGUAUGGGAUUGUAUUUGGAUGCUUCAUCAUAAGGACGUAUGAAAGGGAAGGGAGAUUCUGGGUUUCAGGUCUAUGUAAUGUAAUGCAUAACUCAAUUACAAGUUAUAACAUAGAUGCGUGCAUGAGAUACUAGUUCCAUUUACAAGUUAUAACUUAUAACACAGAUGCUUACAUGAACUACUAGUUUCUUUUU